AUGACCACUGAACAAAUAUUCAAAAAUGAUAUUUUGAAAGGGAAGGUAGCCUUCGUUACUGGAGGUUUGUUAACAAUUAAUCAUUUGCCCUAUGAUAAUCUAUUGUCGUUGACGCUAAUUCCUCGAAUUCUUACAAGCGCAAUUGCGGCUGAUGUCCGUAAACCUGAAGAAAUUGUCAAAGCUGUAGAACUUACAAUAGAAAAGUUUGGUAGAAUUGAUAUUCUUGUUAAUGGUGCAGCACCUAUAGAAUCCCUUUCUUAUCGAGGUUUUCGUACUGUCAUUGAAAUCGAUUUAAUUGGAACUUUUAAUGCGUCUGUCGAAUGGGGUCCACAUCACAUUCGUGCUAAUGUAAUCGCUCCAGGUCCAAUUGGUGAAACAGAAGGUUUUGCAAGACUUCUUCCUUCUAAUAAGUCUUCAAAUUUCGUUCGGGAACUUCCUCUUCAAAGAGUUGGAAAACUUAGAGACAUCGAAUAUGCUACACUUUUCUUAGCAUCAGAUGCAUCUAGUUUUAUGACUGGCUCGAUUUUAUUGGUUGAUGGUGGUGAUGCGUUAAGGAAAAUUGCUGUGUUGCCCUAUCCAGAAA